UCCCUGCGCCGCCGCCGGAAGCUCGGCCUGGGUGAUGGCGGCUCGCGGCGGGGAGGCGGCGUGCUCGCGGUCGAGCAGGAGCGAGCCAUGACCGCGCUCCUGGGCGUAGCGCACAGAGUGGCUCUGGCCGCCGUGCGCGGCCGCGGCUGUCGCGGGCUCGCCAUGUUCUAUGCCGUGAAGAGGGGCCGCAAGGCCGGGGUCUUCCCGACCUGGGAUGAAUGCAGAGCACAGGUGGACCGGUUUCCUGCGGCCAGAUAUAAGAAGUUUGCCACAGAAGAGGAAGCCUGGGCCUUUGUCAGAAGCUCUGCAAGCCCCAGCGGUUCUGAAGGGCAGAAAAAUAAACAUGUACAGGAAUCACAAGUGAAAGCAAACAAGCGACUUCGUGAGCCCGUGGAUGAGGGUGAAGCUGAGAACACAGAGCCCUGCGCAAAGCACGUGAAACAGAACACAGAACCGCUGCCUUCAGUUAGCAAAAACACGUUUUCUUAUAUGGGGGACUCUGUCGUCGUCUACACAGAUGGCUGCUGCUCCAGUAACGGGCGCAGGAGGGCUCGAGCAGGAAUCGGUGUUUACUGGGGGCCAGGCCAUCCUUUAAAUGUAGGAAUUAGACUUCCUGGGAGACAGACAAACCAAAGAGCAGAGAUUCAUGCAGCCUGCAAAGCCAUCGAACAGGCGAAGACUCAGAACAUCAAUAAGUUGGUUCUCUACACAGACAGUAUGUUUACUAUUAAUGGCAUCACUAACUGGGUGCGAGGCUGGAAGAAGAACGGGUGGAAGACGAGCACAGGGAAGGAGGUGAUCAACAAAGAGGACUUCGUGGAGCUGGAGCGGCUCGUCCAGGGCAUGGACAUCAAGUGGAUGCACGUUCCUGGCCAUUCGGGAUUUAUAGGCAAUGAAGAAGCUGACAGAUUAGCAAGAGAAGGCGCGAAGCAACCGGAAGACUGACCAGGUCCUUUAAUUCCUGGAAAAACUUGAACCAGUGGCGGUUUGUCACCUUUACUUGUGUGAAAAAUAAAACUCCAGGCCAGA